GGAAGGUAGUAGCCUGGGUGACUGAGAGAGGCAGAGACAACCAAAGCAGGCAGUAACUCCUUGUGGGGGCAAGGAGAAGGUACUUGCACCCUUGCCCCUGCUGCCACCAUCAUGAAGGGGAAACUUAAGGGACCGUGGAUUUUCCCCUUCUUCUUAGCUGGCUUAAUUCAGCCAAACUGGGGACAGGAACAAGGGAAGGUAGACUGCUAUGACUCAGUAGCAGGAACAGUUUAUGACUAUGGAUCUGUCACCAUAAAUGGUGAUGAGUAUAUCCCCUUCCAGAGGUAUGCUGGGAAGUUGAUCCUCUUUGUAAAUGUGGCCACCUACUGAGGACUCACACUGCAGUACUUGGAACUGAAUGCACUACAAAAUGAACUGGGACCUUAUGGCUUUGUCAUCUUGGGCUUCCCAAGCAAUCAAUUUGGAAAACAAGAACCUGGCGAGAACUCAGAAAUCCUUCCAGCCCUGAAAUAUGUCAGACCUGGGAGAGGUUUUGUCCCAAAUUUCCCAAUCUUUCAGAAAGGAGAUGUGAAUGGGGAGAAAGAACAGAAAGUCUACACCUUCCUAAAGAACUCCUGUCCACCAGUCGUAGAAAGUUUUGGUGACCCUAAGAAAUUGUUCUGGGAGCCUCUGAAGAUUCAUGAUAUCAAGUGGAACUUUGAGAAAUUUCUAGUCAGUCCUGAGGGCAAGCCAGUGAUGAGAUGGUUUCCCAGGACAAAUAUCGCCACUGUGAAGAAUGACAUCAUAAGAUACAUGCGGCAGAAUAGGUUGUUGCAUGGUUAGAGUCCAUACAGAUGUAGGGAAGGCAGGGAGGGAAGUGGCUGCUUUAUCCAGAACCAGUUCAUCCUUUGAUCAAAACCAAAAGACUUCAUAGGAGGCAAAACUGCUCUGCAACCAGUUUUAUUUACUUACAUGUUCAUACUGUAUUGUAUAGAAAGUCUGACUAUAGGUCUACUUUUGGCUUUACUCUAAGCUAUGAGGAAGUAGCAACACAGGGCUCUCUUGUGCUUCCCCUUAGCAUAGCUAUGGAAAAAGUACUCAGCCAUAGUCUGUGGCCAUGAGGUCUGAUGAACCAGGCCACACUCCACAUACCCACAGGAAAGUCCUGGGGCACUUUAAAAUACUAACAGAUCUUUUGUGGCAGAAGCUUUCAUGGACUAGAGCUCACAUCCUCCAUGUGGUUGAUCAUCAUCAUCACCACUGACCUUUGUUCACAAUCCUCUGCCAACACAUUGCAUCAUACUGUACUUUUUGAGUACAGGCAUAUCCCUCAGGUGAAAUCAAUACUUUGGACCUCUCUGGAUAAAGCACAGUCCACUCCCUCUCCAAGGAAACAGAAUGGACCCUUCCCAAGUAGAGUGUUUCAUGGACUGGAGUUUCUCAAAGCUUUCUCUCCUCAAAGCAGGUGAGAUGAGAAAGGGUUCUGUGGACCAGGAAGAUGCAUCAGUAUGACGGUUAGGUCUGAAAGCUCCUGAAGACUGGACCUAACCCAAGUCUGCAAGGUCGUGGAGUAGCCCUUCUAGUGCAUUCAGGCUGCUCCACAACUUGCCUUUGCAGAGAUGUAUUCCUCCUUAUCAGCUCCAAGAUCCUAGUCUCUUCCACCGCCACACUCACUCUGUGUAUAAAAUUGCACAAUAAAGACCGCAAGCACUCAAUUCAA